AUGUCUCUACGGCAGCUGACGGCAGGGACGCAGAGAAACGAACGAUGCCUGAGGGGAUCACGAAUCCCGAAGAGAUCCCGGAUACUCAAGCUGCUUAGAAGCACGUUGAAUCGAGAGGAACGUGGACGCGAUACGGAUGAAUCGCAGCAGCGGCAAGGUAACACGAUAGAUCUAAAAUAAGA